GAUCUUAUGACUGUUGACCCUUCUGUGUGUGUUUGCAGCUUCUCAUCACAAUCUCCUUCAAUCAACCCGUCAAACUCUUCUCCCUGAAACUGCUGUCUGCUGAACUCGCUCAAGCUCCGAAGAGUGUGAAGAUCUUCAUUAAUCUUCCUCGUUCCAUGGGUUUCGAUGACGCGGAGAGAAGUGAAGCCACGCAGGUGCUGGAUCUGUCCGAGGAAGACUACAAAGAUGACGGACUCAUCCCGCUCCGAUACGUCAAGUUUCAGAACGUCAACAGUGUGACUUUAUUUAUCAAGUCAAACCAAGGAGACGAGGAGACGACAAAAGUGAACUAUUUGACAUUUAUCGGCACUCCUGUCCAGGCAACAAACAUGAACGACUUCAAACGGGUUGUGGGUAAGAAGGGAGAAAGUCACUGAAGAGGAAAAGACGACACGACAUAUUGCUGCAAUCUCUCCACGGGCGUCUCUCUCCGCCAACAUGACUGGGCAAAAUCAACACACACACACACACACGGAGCUGAGAGCCGGAUACGUCCCUCAGUUUGCCAUCAGAGGGAGAGGGAGCGAGAGAAGAUACAGCUUUGUCUCAAUGAGGCCGUGUAUCACCAAUAAUUUUUAUCUGAAAACCUCCUGAAAAUGUUCCUGUAAAUAAAGUCGAACCUUUUUCAAAGGCA